GAAGCCACUUCUCGACGAGCCGAACGAGACUUGCGCUACUUUUUCAUCCGUCGCAUCUGCCUAAAUGCACGCACACGAGGACCAAUACUUUGCAAAAGUCGAUGAUUCAGACGUUCAUCUUUGCUUCGGUCUGAUUAUUUUUGUCACUCUCGCGGUGGAUUAGCAACACGAGCGGCUCGAAAGUGUCGAGACGGAACUGGGGGAAAAAAAAAGGGGGGCUACCCGAGAACAAGAUGAGAAGAGGGAUCUCUUCGGCUCCGGACAAAGUGAUUUUAGCGGGCGUCGGGGGCUCUCAUCUGGACAAUAAUAUCAUUUUGACAGCGCUCUCGGAUCACUUGAACCCCGCUCAGGCCAACGCGACUUAUAUCCAAAUCAUAACGACACCGCCGCCUCGCAACGUUCCCCAGACGUCAAAUGUAUGCUCGUCCGAGCCGUCCGUAAACAACAUUUACACAACCCCACAACAGGCUGCAGCCAACGGAGCAGGACAUCGACCCGCCUUAGGAAGACCGCCGGCCAAAAGGCGCCUAGCCCUCGAUGAUUCAGACCACCAGUACCAGUCGGAACCAUCGAGGACCCCAAGAGGCAGAGGGGGCGCUACGUUGGCCAAUGGAGCACUUUUAAAGACUCCCAAAACGCCCAAGUCUCCGCCAGAGAGGACGCGGUACGACACGUCCUUGGGCCUCUUAACAAAGAAGUUUGUGGACUUGCUCGCCCAGUCUGUCGAUGGAGUUUUGGACCUAAACCUUGCCGCAGAAACUUUGCAGGUGCAGAAAAGAAGAUUGUAUGACAUCACUAAUGUACUUGAGGGCAUUCACCUCAUCAAGAAGAAAUCAAAGAACAACAUUCAGUGGAUGGGCUGCAGUCUGUUGGAGGUUGAGGGCUCGCUGAACCAGAGACAAAGACUGGCGGCAGAGGUUUCAGCGCUGGUGGAAGAAGAGCAGAGACUCGAGCAGCUCAUCCAGAGAUGCAGCCUGGAUGCCAGGCACAUGAGCGAGUCGCCCGGCAAUGAGAAAUAUGCAUAUGUGACCUAUGAAGACAUCAAACGGCUGGGAAACCUUCAGGAUCAGACUGUGAUUGUUGUCAAAGCGCCCACAGACACCAAAUUAGAAGUAACCGACCCUGAUGAGAGUCUAUCCAUCCACUUGACCAGCACCAGAGGUCCUAUAGAGGUUCUGUUAUGUCCAGACGAGGAGAACGAGCACAGUAGUCCGGUGAAAAAUGGCGGCAUGGACAUCAAUGGGAACUCUCCUUUCCUCAAAGUCCUUCAAGAGCCCACCGUCCUGACCCCGUCCCCCGGCACCUCCACCACUGUGUCCGUCACGGCUCUGUCGCCCAUCUCGUCUCCGUACACCAGUCUUCUCCAGCAAACGGAAGACCAGAUGCCCUCGUCGCUGGGGCCCUUCUUGAACCUGGGGCCUCCUCUGCUGGAGCAAGAAGACUACCUUUUAGGAUUGGGAGAUGACCAGGGAAUCAGCGACUUAUUUGACACCUGUGACUUUGAUAGGAUGCCCUCGCUCGGCCUUGAUGACCUCCUGUGCAGCUAGCGCUAGCCGAUCCAGAUCCCGGUCAUGUGCAUUGAAGUGAGUUGAAGAUGUGGUGAGCUUGGAGGCCUGUGACUUUGUAGUUAGUACAAGCCAAUUCUAAAUACAAGGAAAUUCAACAAGAAGGGCUAUUUUUCCCCUCCAGUCCCCAGGCAGACAAAAUGACAUGUUUACUCGUCGUGUCACAAAUACAGAUUUUCAGCUGAAGAUGUCUCGUCUCAGACCCUACGAGGACUCCAGUAAAGCUUGAGGGGCGAUACUAGGUACUUAAAAUGCAUCAAUAGAAAUAUCAGCCUUUUCAAAAUAAUUGCAGUCAGCGUAGUCAGAGAGGCAUAUUCAGAAGACACCACUUGGCUUGUGAAAGGAAGCUGGGAUACGUUUUAUGCUACAAAACAAAUGCACACAUUAAGAUGAACUUCGAGCCACUUCAAUAUUUUAUGUAAAUUUGUACAUUAAAUGGGACGAAACCUUUUCAGAAGUCAAAGCAUUUCCUCAUACCAAAGUAAUUUCUAAGUCUUAAAUGUCCCAUUUGUUUUAUGAUAGCCAUUAAUGAGAAGUCACACCUUAUUGUUUUAGACAAAUUUGGCCAGUUAUGCAACUUGAAUUUAUUUAUCGCAACUAAUUACUUGAUAAAUGUAAGCUCUAGACCUACACAGUGCAGCGUGACUUUGUGUCCCAGAGGAGAGUCACACAACUCUUGACUGCUAUAAAAGUAAAUUGACCACUUCCACUUUGCGACAUGAGCCACUUGGUGUUUUCUGCAAGGCUGUAUAAGACACGGUCUAGGUGAGUAGUAUUUUUUAGGUUGUGAUUACUAUUAAUGGAUUUUAAAACUGGAGAAUAAACUCGAAAUAUCUUGGUCAUUUAAAAAAAAAAAAAAAAAAAAAAAAAAAAACACACAUUGAACUAUUUCUCAACCACCAUCUAAAUAUGUAAAAGUCGAAAUAACAUCCCUUAUUGGAUGCUUCUCGCUCCCAGUGGCUCAUUAUAUUUGAUGACACAUCUUGACGGUAAAACAAAUGUCUGAAUCUGAAACUCGGCAAACCUGCGGCUGCAGGUCGUAUUGCUGCUUUUAGUGUUAACUUUAAUCCCGACCUGAUAUGUUGCAAUCGUAUGCGUUCAAGUCAGAAGAUCGUGCUUGCUCAAGUGUAAGCCUACCAUGUGUAAAUGGAUGGAUAAGAAUUUUUCUAAAAAAAAAAACAUUAUCCGCGCAUUAGGUACCAUGGGCUACCUCUCACUGGUUGGCAAUACAGUAGUAAUCACCAUAUCUUAUUUUGCCAAUGAGGUUACCUUAUUAGCAGGGAAGCUUUCCUACACCUGUGUCCCAUCUUUAUAAACGCAGUACUUUGAUUGUUAAGGACACAUUUAUCGCCGAAGUCAUUAGUUAUUUUGUGCCGUAUGUGUGGUUUGAUUUUCCGAAAGGUCAUUUAUUUGUUCACCCCAAAUUGUGUGUUCCGUCACUCACUCGCCCUCACUGUGAGCUCAAGACAUAAUUGUCUCCACUGGACUGGGAUCAGUGACUUCUGUCCACUGCUGAAGUGUCGAGCUUUGCUUCUGUGACACUGUGUGUCCGUUUUUACCUUUUUGGGAAGUUUUCUUUUUUUUUUGUUUUUCAUUUUAUUUUAGGUUGAGUACUCAUUUACCUGUGUGUCUCCCCCCCCCCAAUUUAUUAGAUUUGGAAAAAAAAAAAAACUGGUGUCUCUUGUUAGUACUUAUGAAAAGCUACAUAAGACAAUUCCCACAUUUCUUGAUUUUUGUGGGAUAGUACGAUAGAGUAUUACGGCCACACUGAAAAUUAAAUACUAUGACAAUUCAUUCACAGAAUUCCCUAAAUAAAGUUGUAAAAUUAAAAAUAGUUGGAAUACUUUGUAUUUCCAGGAGAACAUUUUAAUAUUUGAAGAAUGUUUUGAUCAUAACUGUUUUAUGUCUUUCCCCCCCGAAAAACAACACAAACUGAAAUGACCUCUUUUGUUGGGUUUAUUCUAUUUAGUUGAAGUGUUUUAAAUAAAUAUUUCACGAUAUAACCUGAUUCAUAUGGAAGUUGCGUUUGUGUGAACAAUUUGCCAUACUUUAAAUUUAUGACCAUGUUAAAGUUUGGACUUUACUCUUAUAAUGUUAUUUUUUGUUUUUCUCUCCCACAGUUCAUUUUAUUUUUAUUUUCAGAGUGGCCUUAAUACUCUGUAUACAAACUGAACUUUUCUGAAUCUGGUCUCACCAUUUUAUCUGAUUUUGUGAGGUUGAGACCUGCUCUUUGGAAAGAUUGCCUUUCCCUGGGUUUCCAAAGGAGUCUUGAUAUUUUUGUAAUGCAAAGUUAAGCCUAUAUUGUUGCUUUCACAAGGUGAGACAAGUUUCAUGAUCACUGUUGCAAAUGCUAUUUGUUCUUAAAGAAAAUAUUCCGAAUAACAAAAAUUGAAACGGCACUGUUGUAUGUUCUGGUUCCUCCAAAAUUCACAAAUUUAAACUGAAGUACUUCGUUAAUGGCUAAAACAAAAUUGUGUACGAAAAAAAAAAAGACGAAAUAUUAAUGCUGCCUGUAUCUACUAAUUUGUGGAGGAAAAAAAGCUGUAAUAUGUUAUUUUGCUUCUUCCAAUUUGGAUGAACGGUUUUUGGUGUGAUGUCUGAUGUUAGUAUUUUGCUUUGUGUGUUUAUCAGUUGAUCCUUUAACAUCUGUGAAAUGAGGAAUUGGGGUUGUAUAUGGGGGGGGGGGGGGGGGGGGGGGUUGAAAUGGGCUUGUUAUUUUGUACUGUCAGACUUUG